AUGCUAUGUGUUAGCACCCUUCUUCUCGUCAUUCCAUCCCAUGGUAUGCAUUGGCAGCCUUCUUCUUAUCAGUCCAUCCCAGAGUAUAAGUUGGCACACUCCUUUUCGUCAGUCCAUUCCAUGCUAUGUGUUAGCAUCCUUCUUCUCGUCAUUCCAUCCCAUGGUAUGCAUUGGCAGCCUUCUUCUUAUCAGUCCAUCCCAGAGUAUAAGUUGGCACACUCCUUUUCGUCAGUCCAUUCCAUGCUAUGUGUUAGCAUCCUUCUUCUCGUCAUUCCAUCCCAUGGUAUACAUUGGCAGCCUUCUUCUCAUCAGUCCAUCCCAGAGUAUAAGUUGGCACACUCCUUUUCGUCAGUCCAUUCAAUGCUAUGUGUUAGCACCAUUCUUCUCGUCAUUCCAUCCCAUGGUAUGCAUUGGCAGCCUUCUUCUCAUCAGUCCAUCCCAGAGUAUAAGUUGGCACACUCCUUUUCGUCAGUCCAUUCCAUGCUAUGUGUUAGCACCAUUCUUCUCGUCAUUCCAUCCCAUGGUAUGCAUUGGCAGCCUUCUCAUCUGUCCACCCCAUUCCAAUAAAUAAAC